GUGGGCACAGACCCCUGGAGAUGAAGACCCUGUUCCUGACCAUCGGCCUCAGCCUCUUUGCUGUCCUGCAGGCCCAGGACCCCCUGGCCUUGGGCGAGGAGACCCCAGAUGUGUCAGGGAAAUGGUAUCUGAAGGCUGUGACCACAGACCAGGAGAUUCCUGCAAAGAAGCUGGAGUUGGUGACCCCCAUGACCCUUACGGCCCUGGAGGGGGGCAACCUGGAAGUCAAAACGAGCAUACUGGUGAGUGGUCAGUGCCGGGAGAUGAAACUGGUCCUGGAGAAAACCAAUACACGGCCUGUGAGUCCUGGAGCCUCGACUGCAGAGGAGGGCAAGCACGUAGUGUACAUCCUGCUGUCGCACGUGAAGGACCACUACAUUCUCUCCUGUGAAGGCGAGCUCCAGGGGAAGCAGAUCCGAAUGGCGAAGCUCGUGGGAAGAGACCCAGAGUACAACCAGGGGGCCUUGGAGGAUUUUAAGACGUUCGCAAGAGACCAAGGAUUCAACCUGAAGAUCUUCACCCUCACGCCCCAUGAAACCUGCUCUGCAGGAAGCGAUUAGGGACAGGGGGCACCACGGCUCCACAGCAGCCCCGGGGUGGCACUACUAGAACCCUCUGUCCUGCAGGACAUGGAAAGAGCCCCUGACCCUG